UAUCAAGCCCAUUUAGAAAAUUACCGAACCCAGUCGAUAAAUAUAUCAUUUCAUGCAAGUGAGCUCGCAGUGUUUUCAUCCAAAAAUUAUGGAUUUAACAAUCGCGUUUGUUUUCAUUGUAGCUUUCCUUGUGUCAGCUGUUUUCCUCAGAAGACCAAAGAAUUUACCGCCUGGAUAUUCCGGAAUUCCUUACAUAGGAUCCGUGCAAAUGUUGCUAAAGUUUCGUGGUAAAAGACCUCAUAUUGUUCUGGAAGAAGAGUCCAAACGGCUAGGCAACAUAUUCCGGUGGUAUUUGGGCAAUCAACUUAUCGUUGUUUUAAGUGGGUAUGAUAUUAUUCACGAGGCUCUUGUAAAGAAAGCCGAUACAUUUAGCAACAGGAUACUAGAUCCAAGAGAUCCAGUUUUCUCAAACGAAGGAGGAGAAUCUGGAAUUUUGACAGGACAAUACGAUCAAUGUUGGAAGGUGUUACGACGCUUCACGCUUCAAGCUCUUAGAGAUUUUGGAGUAGGUAAAGCUUCAAUUGAAGAGAAGAUAGCUGUAGAAGUAGAGACAGCAACAGAAUAUCUGGAAGGCAGGAACGGAAAACCUACAUCAAUGAAUGAUUUAAUGCAGAAGGUGGUAGCAAACGUUAUAUUUGAAAUCAUCAUUUGUAAAAGGUAUGAAUAUGACGAUCCGGAAUUCCAUAAAAUUCAAGCACUGACUAACAUUGUUUUAAGCGGUGCAGGUGCCGUAAGCCCAUCUGCCUUUAUGCCAAAAUUUCUUGUCAAGUUGGUCAACCGGAAGGAUUUUGAUAUCACCGAGAGCCGGUGGCAAAGUGUCAAGAAAAUGCGCGAAUAUGUGUUCCAACAAAUAGAAGAACACGAGGCUACGUUUGACAGAGACAACAUCCGGGACUUUGUAGAUCUCUAUAUACAGACGAAGACUGAAGGGGACGAAAUCAUACGAAAGUUUGUAACAAAGGGAAACAUGUUCCGCGUUAUCUUUGAUCUAUUCUUAGCUGGAUUGGAAACUACGUCAACAACAUUAGAUUGGGCGUUUCUAUUUAUGACAGAAUUUCCGGAAGUCCAGAAAAAAUGUCAGGAUGAGAUUGAUAAGGUACUUGGUGACAAGAUCAUAGAAUAUUCCGAUCGUACCAAGCUCACAUAUGUAAAUGCCGUCAUUAUGGAAAUUCAGAGAUGUGCUCAUUUAGCUCCACUGAGCGCUCCACACGGAACCAGUGCAGACACGUCACUUGGAGGAUACAAUAUUCCCGCCAAAACAAUGAUUAUACCUUCCCUCUACUCUGUUCAUAUGGAUACAAAGUAUUUCUCCAAUCCAGAAAAAUUCGAUCCAGACAGAUUUCUGGAUGGACAUGGUAAUCUGUUAAAGAACGAAGCUCUUCUGCCAUUUUCAACAGGACCCCGUGUAUGCAUUGGCGAACCAUUGGCAAGAAUGGAGCUAUUUUUAGUGUUUGUUUACCUGAUCAAGAGAUUCAACUUUGCUAGAGAAGAUCCAAACAAGCCGCACACACUAGAAUCCAAACACUCACAGUCUACAAACGCUCCAUUACCGUAUAAGUUACGAGCUACCAAAAGAAACUGACAAUUCUAAUCAAAUGAUGUCUAUAAGGAAAGUAUAUCUUCAUACGGAAGUGUUUACCAAGUAAAAACUGCUGAACUACAAAUAUUCAAUCACGAUUAUUUACCUACAUAUGUUAUCAACGAUUUAUUAAUGCUUAAGGGUUGUUAAACGAGAAAUAAAUUCAAUGCAGACCAAUUAUGCUUUUUUCGACAUAAGAAGGAAACAAAAAUUGACUAUGUUAAUAAUGUUUUUGUGUGCUAUAAAAACAUAUAUAUUAUAUAUUGUCAAUUCAAGCAUAAUAUGAUUGUAUUUUGAGUUAUGGUUAUUUCUAAAAAUCUGUAGCUAAAACCGAUUUAUUUAAUAGACAUUUGUAGCCCUUUAUUUAUUCAUGUUUAUUGUUUGUGUAAAGCGUCAUUGCUGUGCAAUGGAAAUUGUAAAUACAGAUUUACAUUACCCUCAAAAUCAACUCACAAAAAGCGUCACAUUUGCUUAGUUGCUUCAAUUAACUCUAAGCCUGCUGGCGAUUACAGAAUCUAACCAUGCGACAAAUGUAUCCAUGCCGUCUAAACUAUACUCCAUCAAAACAAACAACUUAUUGCAUGACCAGAC